AUGGCGCCCGACCUCAACUCCGUGCCCGCCUCUCCUCUUACCUCUCCUCCCAUCAACACCACCAACGGCACCGACGCGCAACACCACCAGUCAACCCCCGCGUCACGCCGCACCUCGCAGGUCUCGCCCAUGAUGAGCACACAGCCCUUUCCGCCGCUGAACCCGCACCCGGCCGGCGAGCCAGCUGUCCCCAUGCGGCACCCGCGCCCGCUCACCGCUGCAGAGCUGCACCACGAGCUGGAGCUUGAGCAGGAAGCUGUCGUCAACCGCCUCACCCGCGAGCUCUCGUCCCUCCGCGCCCACUCCGCCUCCGUCGCCUCGACCGCCUCGGGCGUCUCCACCAGCGGUGCCUCGUCCGUAGCUCCAGGCACCGACCCCGCGACUUGGGGCGCCGGCUCCACGCACCCAUCGGGCUCGCGCUCGCGCACCCGCCGCAGCUCCUCCAGCGUUAGUCGUACGAGCGCUGCUCCCCACCGGUACAGCAUGUCGAGCCAACAGGCGGCAGCGGCACCACUGCCACAGCAACAGGGCGAUGGCGGUGCGGCCAGCGCGCGCAGUCCGAGCGCCUCGGCCGCUUUGGGUGUUUCUCCGGCUGCGGGUAGUGGUGCGAGCAGUAGCAUAGCUCGGUAUGAAGAGGUGGCGGCGCAUCGGCUCGAGAUGGAGGAGGCCAAGCGCGAGAACGAGGUGCUGCGGAAGCGGAUCCGUGAGCUGGAGGCCGAGCUGCGCGGGCGCAGAGCCAGUGAUGCGAGAGAGCGCAGCGUUAGCGCUGUUAGUAGUGUGGGUGGCAGUGGAGGCGAGAUGCCUGCUGCUCCUACUACUGCUGCACCAGCUGCGACGGCUGCUGCAAACUAA